AGAUUCUGUUCAACCUCAAUUGGACGAACAGGAUUCACUCACGAUUUCUAUAAAUUGCUUCACUUCGUUCGGUAGGGUUUCCGACUCGGAGGCUGUGGCGAAGUGCGCCUGCUGGGGAGCAAGUUUAUCCACUAGGGAAACUAUUCUGCGCUAGAUGGCUCCACCGGCAAAAGCCACCUCCAAGAAGGCUGAUGACAAAACACAGGCUUUGAAGGCUGCCAAGGCUGUGAAGUCAGGGUCCACCUUGAAGAAGAAGGCCAAGAAGAUCAGGACAUCGGUUACCUUCCACCGGCCAAGGACACUGACAAAGGAGAGAAACCCUAAGUAUCCUAGAAUCAGUGCCCCACCAAGAAACAAGCUUGAUCAGUAUCAAAUCCUCAAAUAUCCCCUGACGACCGAAUCUGCAAUGAAGAAGAUCGAAGACAACAACACACUAGUCUUCAUUGUUGAUAUUCGAGCCGACAAGAAGAAGAUCAAAGCAGCUGUGAAGAAGAUGUAUGACAUCCAGUCAAAGAAAGUGAAUACUCUGAUCAGGCCUGAUGGGACCAAGAAGGCAUAUGUGAGAUUGACGCCUGACUACGAUGCUCUCGAUGUCGCAAAUAAAAUCGGCAUCAUCUAAGACUCAGACAAGCGUCGUGAGGCUGCAUUCAACAUCUAGCAGUUACGUGCACCACCAGGCCUUGGAUUGGAAAUCUAGAGAGACUCAUGGUGUGACUUUUAAUAUUUUUAAGCUUGACAAGGGAUUUUGUUUCUAUUUAUGCUGUUAUUUAGGCUUUGUUGUUUCGUCAGCGACCACUUGAUGCUUAAUCUUCUUUUAGUAUUUGCAUUCA